GUCCUCUGGGAUCAGCAUCGUACAGCUCCUCUUCAUGCAGAACGUCUUCGUCGUAGGCGUCGAUGUCUAUUUUGCGGAACGCGCCGUCCAUGGUGGAAGGAUGAGGAGAAUAUUUGUGCGUAUUUACCAGUGGCGUUGUAGCUAAUCAACUUGACCAGCCACCAUCAUCGACAAGAGCGCCUUGCCUGCGCUCUAGCCCUCUUUCAAGUCCUUUAGCUGUCAUUUUAUGCCCAAUAGCUCUUUGAAGGAAUCUCAAAACGACGUUUCGUAUCAGCAUAACCUUUCUGACGCUUCUUCAACACGCAAUCAUGGACUCGACAUUCCCUCUGAGAAUCUCACACAUAUCACCGCUUAUCUCGAUCCUCACUCUCUGCUUUCCUUAUCUCGUGUCAGCACUCAGCUCUAUGCCCAUGUAAAGGAAGAACAUACAUGGCGUACUGCAUUUGCCUUGAAUUUCCUGGGCGUUGGCCCCGAGGGUGAUCUCAACGAUUUCAAGGCGCGACUUCUACGGAGAUCCGAGCCGAGCUGGAGGCGGGAGUACAUUGUGCGCUACAACUUGCGACGACGAUGGGAGCGUUCCCGGACAUCGACAAUCAUUCAUACUCCUGUCCUUUCACCGAUAACGAAGAUACAUCUUCUGUCAUCCAAUACGCUACUGUCAUCCUCUUUAAAAUACGGCAUUGUCGCUCGUUCGGUGCCUUUGACAGGGAAAGUUUUACGAGGAUUUCUCUCCCCCUCUCCCUCUGGGACAGGGUUAGGCAUCGGCAAUCCUAAUACCGAAUUUUCACCUCAUGUGACGGCAUGCGACAUCACUUCAGAUGGUGGAACUGCCAAGAUUGUUUGGGGUUUUAGAAGUGGAGAAGUCGCCGUGAUGACAGCAUCCAGAGUGAUGGAUAUGGGGACGCGGUCAGCAGCGAAUCUGGUAAGAUGCCCUGUCGAAGACGAGCAUGCCGGGGAGGUUGCUGACGUCGUAUGGGACGAUCUUGCUGGAGUUGUUGUCAGCGCCGGCAAAGACGGUUUGGUCAAAGUGUGGGAGACCAAAAAAGUUCACUGCAUCUGGAGUUCGACCAUGAAGGUCGGAGUAUUUGACCCUUGCAUGAAGGUGGUCUCCAGGCUCUCAAAAGGAUGUAUACUGGCCGGCUUCCAGAGUGGCGACAUUGUUGUCUGGACCGGAUAUGAACGGGACGGUACCGUCGUCAAUGACAUACACGAAACGAGAAUCCCUUGCCUUGUCGAAAUGGCAUCAGAUGAGCCAAUGGCACUUCCAACUAUCUCUAAUAUUCAUGUUGACGGGAGUAACCCGCGGGCUAUUGCUUUGUUGGUUACGUAUGAAGCUCAACCGUACUUCUAUCGUAUCUCACUCGCCCCUACUCUGGAAGUUGCCAAAUACGGCGAUCCUUCGUGUGGUGCCAUAACCGCUUUAUUUUCCUCAUUCACAUCAAAGCUUAGUGAGUGUAGCCUUGUUAUUGUUGGCGAUAUUUUGGGUUGGGUUGGUGUCUAUGACUGGGCUUCUACGUCUCGUCAGCCUGCCAGGAGAUUCGAGGCACACAGUGACGGAUCCGCCGUAUCGGCGUUAGCCUGGAAUGGAGUUACACUCGUCGUCGGGUCUACAAGGGGACAGGUCGAUGUUUUUGAUGCAUAUACCUUCGAGCAUCUGAGGACAUUUUCGGCGCAAGCCAAUCGCCGAGGGGAACAAAGUACGAUUGUACAGGAUAUCACAGUCAAUUCUCAAAAGGAUGUCCUCAUUGUCAGCCUGGUUGAUAGAGUUAUGGCUUGGAAGGCUGGUAUAGUUUCGAGAAGCGGAGGUGGAGGCGUGCGGGGCCGGAAUACGACUGGGAAAAAGAGGUCUAAAGUCGUGACCAGUUCCAAGGGGUACGCACAACUCGACCUGAAAGCCAGCGUAUCUGAUUCUCUUGCCCUUCUUAAGCUGGAACAAGAACGAGCUCGACAAGCUCACAACAGAGAACGCAAGCAGAGAGAACAUCUGGAAAACCUGGGUCUAAGCGAGGUUGAAGCUGUCGAUUACCUGCUUAUGUUAAGCCGAGAUGAGCAUGCAGAAAAGGAGAGGGAGAUAAUGAAUGUCCCCUCUGCCCGAGUGGAAGAAGGCGUAUUUGAAUGGGAUUUCGACGAUAAUUCGCAUUCUGGACCAUCAGCAAUUGCUCGUCGUCGAUCCCCGAGUUCCUCGACACCAUCCGAUCAGAACGCCCAAACUUCCCCGAAGCUUGCAGGAGGGCCUACCGGAGCAAGUUCAUCCAAAGACCGGCAACCAUCUGCUCCGUCUGAGAAAGAUUUCCCUUUCGCUAGCAAAUCUCGAAGCGCCUGCAGCAGUGUGGGAUCUAACUCGGCUUGGGAUAACGGAAGUCCAAAAAGACGACUGGUGAAUAGUCCCUGGGAUUCGCCGCGUGCUGGCAUAUCAGUUGCUGCCACGCCACCGGUGACAAAUGCUUUGGGGUCAUCCUCGAGCUCGUAUGAUCGACGACAACAGCAAGAAGAGGAAGAUUUAAGGCUUGCUAUCCGACUCAGCCUUGAGGAGGCGAGCAGAGGCACCUAAGCAACACUAUUUGAACAUACUUUCACGAAUUUCUUUUGUUGAGUCUAUUAGACGUUUAGGAUAUGUAGAAACAGGAAAAUCAUCGUAGUGCAGACGAGUUCGUUACAGCAAAAAAAAGCCCGGAGGGUGAAGCUGUACAGUGUAACACACCCGAGACGCGUCUUUUGGAAUUUUUCUAAUUCCAUAUCAAUUCGCAUUUCAUGCUGAUAUUAUUGUGUACGUACGAUUCGCCGAGGCACAUUUUCGAUCGCAGGUCAUACGUACUUUGCACGUACUUUGCAUUUAGGUCCC